GCGGGCUCGGGAGCGAUGGCUCAGCCAAUGGGCGUGGCCGGAUCGGCUGAGGGAGAGGCGGCCCGGCCGGAUCGACUGUGGGUUUCGUCCGAUGGCGGCGCCCCUUCCUUCCCGCUGAGGCGGCCGCGUAUGGCCAAGAGCCGAGCGGGAGGAAGCGGCGGCGGUGACGACGGGGAGGCUGCCUCCGCCGCCCAGGCCGGCGGCAUGGGCUCUGCGCCCCGCGGACCCCUGGCCGAGGCGGAGGAGGACGACGACGCUGCCGAAGACGAGGCGGCGUCGGCGGCAGCGGCCAGCGAGAUGGACUCGCGGAGCUCCUUGGGCGGCGGCGGCAGCAGCUCCGACGGCGAGCGCCGCGUCGACAAGUUCGGCUUCCUCGUCGCCGACGGCGGAGACGGACCAGAGCAGGAGGCGCCGCUGGAGGAGGUGCCGUUGGAGGUGCUGAGGCAGAGGGAAUCCAAGUGGCUAGAUAUGCUCAACAACUGGGACAAGUGGAUGGCAAAGAAACACAAAAAGAUCCGGCUGCGAUGCCAGAAGGGGAUCCCACCAUCGCUGCGGGGUAGGGCCUGGCAGUACCUCUCUGGAGGCAAAGUCAAGUUGGAGCAGAAUUCUGGGAAGUUUGAUGAGCUGGAUUUGGCGCCGGGAGACCCCAAGUGGCUGGAUGUGAUUGAGCGGGAUCUCCACAGGCAGUUUCCCUUCCACGAAAUGUUUGUUGCUCGUGGAGGACACGGGCAGCAAGACUUAUUCCGGGUACUGAAGGCUUACACGCUUUAUCGGCCGGAGGAAGGUUACUGCCAGGCCCAAGCUCCAAUUGCUGCAGUGUUGUUGAUGCACAUGCCUGCGGAGCAAGCGUUCUGGUGCCUUGUGCAGAUCUGCGAGAAGUACCUUCCUGGCUACUACAGUGAGAAGCUGGAGGCCAUCCAGCUGGAUGGGGAGAUCCUCUUCUCUCUCCUGCACAAGGUCUCCCCUGUGGCCUACAAGCAUCUGAGCAAGCAGAAGAUUGACCCCAUCCUGUACAUGACAGAGUGGUUCAUGUGCGCCUUCUCCAGGACAUUGCCCUGGAGUUCCGUGCUGCGCGUUUGGGACAUGUUUUUCUGCGAAGGAGUCAAGAUUAUAUUCCGAGUGGGUCUGGUGCUGCUGAAGUACACCCUGGGCUCUUCUGAGAAGCUCAAGUCCUGCCAGGGGCAGUAUGAGACAAUGGAGCGGCUGAGGGCCCUGAACCCCAAGAUCAUGCAGGAGACUUUCCUUGUGCAAGAGAUCAUAGAGUUGCCAGUGACAGAGCGUCAGAUAGAGCGAGAGCACCUGAUCCAGCUGAAGAAGUGGAAAGAGACCCGUGGGGAGCUGCAAUGCAAAUCCCCUCCCCGCUUCCACGGCGCCAAGGCCAUCAGCGACGCCGAGCCCUACUCCCGCAAAGCCCUGGAGCCCUCGCCCUCCAUCAUCCUGCCCCCCGGCACCACACUUUCGCCCAAGGGCCGCAAGACCAAACCGCUGAAGGGGAACAAGAGAGGCGGCCAAGGGAAGAGCACCCCGGUCAACGGCCCCAUCCCCGAAGAAAACGGGACUCGGACAUUGCUGGCGCCAGAGUCCUCUCUCCUCCACCAGUCCAAGGAGAGCCUCAGCUCUCAGGAGAGCGAGGACACUUACCUGUAAACUGGGUGGCUGAACGCUCCAGACCACCACCCCCUGGCCUGCUCUGCCGCCUGUCUUAGUAGCCUCUGCAGCCAGAGGGAGCCAGCGACCCAUAGGUGGGGGUGAGUGGGUAGCUGGCAUUCUGAGAAUUUCUGCUGUUGCACUCAAGGUGAGCUAGGACUGAAGGGGCUCUCUAGCUUGAUCUUAACUGUAUGCAGCAGUGCCCCCCAGUGGCCCGGAGGUGAGGCACAACAAGUGCAACUCUGUGUCUCCGGUGGGAAAGGCUAAAGCAAGUAGCUGCUGUUCUGCCUUCUGUUGCAAAGUCUUCACAGGAUGGGGCGGGGUGCUGCCCUUGCUGUGCACCUGCAGGGUUUGGUCUGUGAGGAUCACGCAGGUAUAGAUACAGGUUUAAUUCCUGCUAUGCACCCACCAUCAUUGCUUUGGCAGUGCUGGGGACAGCCCAGCGAGUAUCUGUUCUGUGGGGAAUUGGCAGGAGCCAGGUUGGCUGGCUGAUGGUGGCCCUCUCUGUUCUGGCGGAUGGGACUUUCAUCCAUUCCUAUUAGCCAUCUGUCACUCUUUCCUCGCUCAAUCAGGGUUGUGGUCGAGACUUUGCAUCUUACAGGACUUGCAUUCCAACCUCAAUCAUGGGAGCAGCUGUGUGCUCUCGUAUCAUUUUGACAUUCCCUUCCCAACAUUCCCCUCUGGGCCUUCUUCCCUUUCCUUUGGGUUCCUCACAUCAGCUGAUGAAACUAUUCCUUUUACUGCCCAAGCAUUGCAGGGGCCUGCCAGUACUCUGGUGGCCCUGACCUGGAUCUGAAAAUCCUUCUUCUCCUGGAGGGCCCAACCUCUUCCCCUCCUACCCCAGUGUCUUCUGCCCUGUACGCCAGAACAGUCGGGUGACCUGUUCUGUGCAUACAUGGUUCAGAGUUUUGUGAAGGUCAGAGAACUAACACGUUCACCUUCCCUUGCUGUCUUGACCAAAAUUCUCAAAAGGGUUUUCCAUGCUGGAAUCGGGAGUACUGAAAUCACUAUUCACUUCUGGACCAAUUUUCUUUAUAGAAGGAACUGCUGCAGAAAUCUGUUAGCUUUUGCUGCUUCGUGUGUGCGAUUUGGGUCUUUGAGCAUUGGCUUGAGCUGACAUACAGUCCAGCUCUGCCGGUGACACCCUGGAAAACGAGGCAGCUUGUUUCCAAGGCAUUAGUCAUUUCCAUUGCCCACCCUCUCAUUCUUCAGAAGGCUGUCCUGGUCCUUCACCUACAACCUCCCCCAGUUGAUGGAAUUAAAGCUGAACCCUGAAUGGCCAGAGAGAAGGGACUGAGCAGCACCCAUUGGUUGCUGCCUGUGGCCCUGCCUCCCAACUGAUAUGGUGCUGUUCAUAGAAUGGUUGGUUCCGAAAUGCAAAACCCCUGCCACUGUUCAUUUUCUCUCUAGCCCGCUUGCAGGCUGAGGUUGAACCUUCCCUGUUCUUGAAGGCUCCCAUGGGCAACAAUUUAAUUCCUGGCCCAAAGCAAAAAAGUGGGAGACUGCAGUUUAUUAAGAAGGCUCAAGGAGAGGCCCCUCCCUCCUCUCCACAGGCCCCCUUUCAUUCCUUCAACACAGAUCCGUCAGGAUGGGGUGACGCAGUGGCACUUGAGGCCAUCUUUUCUGAUAGCCGACCUCGCCUGCACCGUCCCUUCCCAGGGGGUUGUAUGUCCAGGUUGGGUGGGGAGGUGGAGGCUUGUCUUCCUUCUCCCCCAAUGUUUGGUUAUUUCUGAUGGGUCUGGAGUUAUUUUUGUGCAUUUUUUUAAAAAAAACGGGAAAUCAUUAGCUGAAAGUGUUUUGUACAAAAGGCAAAAUAAAACCAUAAUUAUGUAAAUGG